UUAUAAUAGGCACAGCAACAAAAUAGUAGCAGAGCAGUCCUUUAUGUACAAUACAGCUUAUUUUUAGGUAUUACAGAGAUUAUUUUCUUGCAGAGUUUGUAUGUGCUCAUCUAAAGUUUCAGUCCAGUGCUGGCAAAAACCUUUCAGGACCUUAUGAGGAAAUCAUCAACAAUGUGGACCGUGGCUCUCGUUCUUUGCUUGGGAAAUAUUCUCAUCAGAGGCGAGGCCAGUGAUCAGCAUUCAGGAUCAUUCCCUGUAAUUGAACUCUCUGAAACAGCCUCUCCUGGUCUUUUAAUACUGGAAAAACAGAAAUCCAACAGCUCAAUUCAUCCACCCCGAGUAGCAGGACCACAAACACCACAACCUCCUAUGUGCUUGGAGUCAGCUGGAAUCAGAGACGCCUUCAAAUAUGUCAAUACUAUAGUCUCUCUUGUUGUGUUUGUUGUUGGAAUUGUGGGAAAUUCAGCCUUACUGAAAAUCAUAUAUGUAAACAAAUGCAUGAGAAGUGGACCAAACAUUCUCAUUGCGAGUCUUGCUUUGGGGGAUCUAAUCCACAUUGUGAUAGACAUUCCAAUCAACGCAUACAGACUCAUGGCAGAAGAUUGGCCAUUCGGAUUGGUGCUGUGCAAACUUGUCCCCUUCAUACAGAAAACCACUGUUGGAAUUACUGUGUUGAGCUUAUGUGCUUUAAGUGUUGACAGAUACCGAGCUGUAGUAUCCUGGAAUCGAAUCAAAGGCAUCGGGGUUUCACUGUGGACAGCAAUCGAAAUAACUCUGAUAUGGGUUAUUUCUAUCCUGCUGGCUGUGCCUGAAGUUGUCGGCUUUGAUAUGAUAACAAUGGACUAUAAAGACAUGCAUCUGAGAAUAUGUCUGCUUCAUCCCAUGCAAACCACACAGAUCAUGCAGUUUUAUAAAUCAGUAAAGGACUGGUGGCUCUUUGGUUUCUACUUUUGCAUGCCACUGGCUUGGACUGCCGUCUUCUACACGCUCAUGACCAGGAAAAUGCUGAGGAAUACUGAGAAUACAUUAAGCGACCACACCAAGCAGAGACGAGAAGUCGCAAAAACUGUCUUCUGCCUGGUGAUCGUGUUUGCACUUUGUUGGUUGCCUCUAUACCUAAGCAGAAUCUUGAAAUUAACCAUAUAUGAUGAGAAAGAUCCUAAUAGGUGUCAGCUACUGAGUGUCUUUCUUGUCCUGGACUAUUUUGGCAUUAAUACGGCAUCACUCAACUCAUGCAUCAACCCUAUUGCAUUGUACAUAGUCAGCAAAAAAUUUAAAAGAUGUUUCAAGGCAUGUCUGUGCAGUUGGCGUCUACCUGUUCAAGCUGUUACCCAUGACGAGGUGCAGUCUGUUUUGAAGUCCAGAAUGCAGGAUCAAGCCUCAGAGCAGAGCUGCAACAUCAAAGGUCACAAGCAGACUUCCACACCUCUACCUGAGCAGGAGAACACCUUACUGUGUUAACAAACCCAUAUGGAACUGUGAAAAUACUUUGUAAGUUCUUUAAUGUUUCUCUAUUAAAUAUAUAUAUGGCUAUCAAAGCAGCUACCAAAGCUGCUCUAUCGGUAGCUCAGCAACCUUGACAUGUCAUCCUAAUAUUAUAAAAUACCUUGUGAAUAACAUGCCACAUUGUCUUUUGUACUGCUGUCGUCAGUUGAACAUCUGCUUUGGCAUGAGCAACCUGGAGUCAGACUGUUCAGACUAUUUGCCCCCUGGGCUUGACUCACUCCCAACCAUUACAUCAGAUUUUACCUAGUACCUAUCCUGUAUCAUGCAUCACAGUUCUCAAAUCACUGUUUUGGGCACGAUGUUAACCUGGCACCCAUCAACAGAAAUCUUGUCACGGCUUACUGCCUGCAUAUAUAUUAUUUUGAUUCUGUUUCUGGAUUCUGGAAAGACACUGUGCCGUAGGAAAUCAAGCAAAUGGGAAUUCAAAAUGAUUACGGUGGGUUUUAUGGGGUACUGUGUAUUAUUAGCACAUAAAUGUGUGUUUUCAUCUCUGUUAAGUUUCCCAUACACAGGAGCCUAAGAGUUUAUAGCGUUCCUUUCAUUCUUGAACCUUGAGAAACAUAUCAAAUUGGUGCCACAAGUAGAUUCUGUCUCUGCCACUGAAUGACUGAUUGAUGGUGGCCUAUUUUUAAUGCAUUGUUAAAUGUGUAAUGCAUGGAGACACUUUAUAAAAGACCUGAGAGUGGGGAAGAAGAAAAACGAAGAUGACAGAAUGAGGUCAGGAGGAGAGAGGGAAGGGGGAGGGGGGGUAGAGAUGAGCACCUGAUAGGUCUUCCUGUCACAGGACAAGGCAAGCACAAAUAGAGUGCUGUUCUUCCAGCUAAUGCUGUAUUAGUCUGCAAAACUGUCUUGAUGCUGUGUGCUGGAAUGUCUAUUAAAAGUUUUCUAAGUAAAGAGCAUGACUCUCAGCUGUUUGUAAAGAUUCAGUAGUUUGUUUGAAUAGCGUGUGAAAGUUUGUGAUGCUUAUAUAGAAGAGAUAUGUAAUAAGGACAUGGCUUUAUGAUAUGAUAUGAUGAUAUGAUAUAAGCUAAUUCAAUGUUCCAGUGUAUUUUGCUCAAAUUAAACUUUCAUCUUAUAUUACUUUACAUUAUAUCACAUUUGGAAAAUGCCUUAUUUAGAUAAUUGAAGCCCUACUUUUUUGACACUCCUUACUUUAUUUUUCAAUUAAGGAAUCUGAUAAACAUACAGUUCAACUAUGUAAUUUGAAAUGAAACCAUGUAUAUGAAAAUGCCCACUUUG